AUGGAUAAUGAUUUAGGUUUAGCUGAUCCUAGUAUAUCAACAGCUAUUCUUUACUCAUGGCAGGUUCGAAUGCUGACCUCUUCUCCUUUAGUUGAGAAGUAUGAUUUGUCCCAUCUCCGUCUACUGGUUACGGGUGGAUCACUUCUCAAUCAAACCGUGAAAAAUGAAGUUUUUGAAAAACAUCCCAACAUCAAGUAUGUCAGGGAAGCUUAUGGAAUAAAAGAAGCAGGUUUACUGACCUACACCUAUCCAAAGGAUAGAGCUAAACAAAUGAUGUCAAAGGUUGAGAUGCCUGACGAUCACCUGAUGCCGGUUGGGUUUCCUAACAUGUUUACAGUGUUCAAGAUUGUAGAUAGAGUUACAGGAGGACCUGUCUCCGGUCCUGAUAUGCAGGGAGAGCUGUGUGUGAAAACCUGUCAGUUGAUGGUUGGAUACAAGGGUAAGGAGGAGAAGUUUCUCGACUCCGACGGGUUCUUCCACACUGGAGACCUGGGAUACUACGACAAGGAGGGGGCCAUUCACUUCAUGGAAGAGAUCUCGAACUUAAUCAGCUUCUGGAUGUACGAGGUGUCUCCUAGCGUACUAGAGGCUCGACUUCUCUGCCAUAAUAGUGUUGUAGAUGCAGCAGUAGUUGGGAUUCAAGACAAGGAAAAUGGACAAUUACCAAGAGCUUUCGUAGUUCUUAAGUCCGGGCACGAAGAGACAGAAGAAAAUUUGACUAAUUUCCUUGAAUCUCGACUUCAGGACCAUGAGAGGCUUAGGGGUGGAUUACAUUAUAUACAACACAUCCCCAGGGAUGAGAACUGGAAGGUCCGAAGAUCCGUCCUGCAGAAGUUUAUCCCUCCUGUGAAAGGAGAGGAAGGAGCACCUGGUGAGAAAACUCCAACUCUUUCUCUGCAGAUGGAUCUACCUCCUGUGAGCCCACGAGCCCGACGAGCCUCUGAAGCUGCGGAUGCUCUGCUCAACCCUGCGGAGAAAACUCUGCAGUAUCUUGAACCUCAGGAUGUUUACGGAAUGAGAUCAAGAUCAAGACGAGGAUCUAGAGAGAAUAUACUGAGCUCCGAGGGGUUGGAGGAGAAUGAGGAGGAGGAGAAGGAUAAAGGAAGAAAGGAAGGGGAAGGAAUACAAGGAGAAGAAGAGGAGUUAAACUAUUGGUUACAUGUGUCUGUAUCCACUAGAUACCUGGAGAAGCAGCUCCUUCUUCAUCCCGGAAUCUGUGACGUAGCAAUCCGUGGGGUUAAGGUUCAAGGGGUUGGACAGGUGCCAAGAGCCUAUGUUGUUUUAAAUAAGGGGUUUACUCUCAACGGAGAAGAUUUUGCUUGUUGGGCAAACUCCAAACUCUCCUGGCACCAUAGGUUGUUCGGAGGAGUGGUGAUGACGGAUAGGUUGGCAAGAGACAGCUCUGGGGCAAUAUUAGUAAACCUAGAGAAUCUGGAUAAAACAGUAGUAGCGCAACAAGUAUUUUCAGACGCAGAUAUUCGUCCUUGCACCUAGUUUAUUACGUUUUGGUGUAAUCUGCUCCAGUCUCUAGUAUUCCCUAUGCAGUAUCCAGUAUCCUUGAUCAGUACCCCCCUUCAGCAGAUCAAGAGCUAGCUUGGAAUUUUCCUUUUCUGGGUCUGUAAUGUAAUGUACAUAAAUCCCAUGAUUUAUCCAAGUUUUCUCAUCCAAUGUGUAGCCCUGUUUCCAGUUUUCUGAAACCCUAGUUUUACUUAAACGGAUUUCUCUUAAGACUUUUUCUUUCCCACAAAAACUGUCUCUUUCCCCUAAUUAUUUUGAACUGUUUCUCAUUAUAUCUGCAGCUCUCCUGAACCCUGUUCCUCUCCUAGUUCUCUUGAACCCUGUUUCCUCUCCACAUAGUUCUCCUGAACCCUGUUCCUCUCCUAGUUCUCCUGAACUCUGUCUUCUCAUUAACCAUGUUUCCUCUCCAAGUUCUCUUGAACCCUGUCUCCUCUCUUAGCUUACCCGAACCCUGUCUCCCUGUUUCCUCUCCAAGUUCUCCAGAACCCAGUCCCCUCUCCUAGCUUUCUCGAACUUUGUCUUAUCUCCUUGUUUUCCUGAACCCUGUCUCCUUUUUAUUCCACCAAAAUCUUGUUUUCUCUGAACCAUGUCUCUUCUAGUUUUUCUAAACCCUGUUCUUUAUCUUGUAUCCCAAUGUUAUUAUCCUAAAUGAAUUCUACAUAUUUUCAAAUAUUACUUUGCAAGGUUUAUGUAUAGAAUACAAUAUGAGUGUGUGUUUGAAUUUA